AUGGCGAAGUUGUUCACUACGAGUUGGGUAAGCAACGAUGGCACCAUGGCCCCGAUCGCAGCUUCCGUGCAAUGCCACAUUGCAGUUGUGCGAUUGUUGCUUCCUGCAUCUGCCGGCGGGAACCUGGCAGAGAACGAUGACGUCACUGCCUUAAUAGCAGCUUCUUAUUUCGACCAUGUUGAAGUUGUUGGGUUGCUGCUCGAUGCAGCUGCCGAUGCGAAGCUGGGGUUUAACGAUGACACCACUGCCCUCAUAGCAUCUUCAAAACUAGGCAACAUUGAAGUUGUACAAUUACUGCUUACUGCAUCAGCCAACAGGAACUUGGCAACCAACCAUGGCAACACUGUCCUGUAUGCAGCUUCUGAACAAGGCCACGUCAGAGUCACUCGUCUGCUGCUUGAUGCAGAUGCCGAAAAGAACUUUGCAGCCAACUGA